AUAGAAAGAGUCGAAAAGAACCCACUGUAGGCAGCUUUCGCUCUGCUAGCUGAACGCCAUCUUAAAUAGAAAGGAGGUGUUAACUGGGAGAAAUCAGGAAAAGGGGCAUUGGAGGAGAUAAACCCUUAUUUUCGUGUGUGUUUUAAAUCCUCGGGUCUCUCUGGAACAGACUAGUCAUGGCUUUGGGCGUUUAUAACACCAAAUAAAGGCGCAUACGUGAGGAAAUCGGCAAGGCAGUUGUUAGCCUCUAGCCAGCUAGCAAGGGGGAGGGGAGGAUUUUUUUUUCGCAGCCGAAGUUGUUUGUUUAUGUUAUUUCAAAUGGACAUGUCCUCUUCAAACUCAGAGUUACCAGACCCAAAUCUAGGUAUGGGGGCAAGCGGGACCCAAGCAAGUGGUGGGGCUGUUGUACCAAAAGGGACCAACAAAAGAAGAGCUGCGCCAGACUUUGAUGAUGACGAUGAUGAAGGCAACAAGUUGUUCAGGUGUGACGAUGACGGAGGCUCCAACAAUGACAAAGAGCGCUUUGCCAGGUUUUUGGAAGAAGAUCAGAGUUUUGCAGAUAAGGAAAAACUAGCCAGGGAGAACCACAGUGAGAUUGAAAGGCGGAGGCGGAACAAGAUGACCGCCUACAUCACAGAAUUGUCAGACAUGGUGCCCACCUGCAGUGCACUAGCACGGAAACCAGACAAACUAACCAUCCUACGAAUGGCUGUGUCCCAUAUGAAGUCACUGAGAGGAAGUGGCAAUACCAAUGCAGAUGGGUCAUACAAACCUUCCUUUCUCACUGACCAGGAGCUGAAGCACCUCAUACUGGAGGCAGCCGACGGCUUCCUGUUCGUGGUGUCAUGUGAGACUGGUCGCAUUGUUUACGUCUCUGACUCCCUGACGCCCGUCCUCAACCAGUCACAGUCUGACUGGCUCGGCUCCUCUCUUUAUGAUCAGCUCCACCCAGAUGACACAGAAAAGCUCAGGGAGCAGCUCUCUACUGCCGAGAAUAACAACACAGGGAGGAUGUUGGACUUGAAGACGGGAACAGUGAAGAAGGAAGGCCAGCAGUCGUCAGCCAGAAUGAGUAUGGGAGCCCGUCGAUCAUUCAUCUGCAGAAUGAGGUGUGGCUCUUGUCCGGUGGAACCGAUUUCCAUGAACAGACUGAACUUCCUUAGGAUUAGAAACAGGAAUGGUUUGGGUGCAGCCAAGGAAGGGGAGCCCCAGUAUGUAGUGGUCCACUGUACAGGAUACGUCAAGUCCUGGCCUCCUGCAGGAGUAUCAUUAACAGACGAUGAAGCAGACAACACUCAGGGGAGUCGCUACUGUCUAGUUGCCAUUGGGAGAUUACAGGUGACUUGUUGCCCAGGUGACACAGACAUCAACAGUAUCAGUGUUCCAGUGGAGUUCAUCUCACGCCAUAACUGCCAGGGAAUGUUCACCUUCGUAGACCACCGCUGCAUGGCCGCUGUCUCCUAUCAGCCCCAGGAAUUACUGGGGAAGAAUAUUCUUGAGCUUGCCCACCCUGAAGACCAGGGCUUACUGAGAGACAGCUUCCAACAGGUGGUGAAGCUGAAGGGCCAGGUCCUGUCAGUCAUGUUUCGGUUUCGCACUAAAUCAAGAGAAUGGAUCUGGAUGAGAACCAGCUCCUUCACCUUCCAGAACCCGUUUUCAGAGGAGAUUGAGUAUAUCAUCUGUACCAAUGUCAACGUCAAUAGAAACUCGACUCAGGACCCCCUCACUCCCAUCUCCUCCCCAGGGGGUUCGCUGCCCCCCUCCCUGGGUCAGAGCAGCCCAAACUGCCCUCCUGUAGUGCUCAGCCCUGGGCAGGUGGCCACCAGGCAGUUGCAGCAGCAGCAGCAGGCUGAGCUAGAGGGAGGUGGAACCGGAGGUGGAACCAGAGAUGGCCUGUAUGAGGCAGGACCAAUCAGCCACUCACAGAUGCCGGUGCAGCCAGUGACCGCGGCAGGGCCAGACCACAGCAAGACCCUGGAGAAGCCAGAGCUGUACCCCUCCAUUUUCCAAGGCCCAGAUCAGACCAAGGGCCUGCCCUCCACCCCCACUCCCCCCACACAGAUCUACCCUCCAGCCAACAACUUCACUGCUGGUCAUUCCAAUAGUGCAUACAGGCCAGUCAAUAUGACUCAACAGAUAACUCCACAGAUGGCACAGCCAGCCCACUCGGCAGGGCAGAUGCUGGCUCAGAUGUCUCGUCAGAAUGGAGCCCCGCACUCAGUUGCCCCCUCCAGUACUGCCAGCCCGCUCCAUGGAGGACCAGCAGCAGCAGGAGGAGGAUGGCCUGGAGCUGGAGCUAGACCACAGUUUAAUAACCAGCAGGUGGCUCCCCAGGCUGCAAAGACCAUGUCUCCACCGUUUGCUCCCAUGGGAGGAUUUGGAGGGGGCUCUUCCAACUCUUUUGGCCAGAUGCCUACAGGUGCUGCUCCCACCCCAACCAGUGGUGCCAACUACCCACCCAUUAAUGCGCGUGCCACCCUCAACACCAAUGGUUAUGAUGGCUCUCAGUCUGGGGCCCAGUUCCCCUCUCGAGCAGCGGAGGCAGUGUGGCCCCAGUGGCAAGGCCAGCAGCACUCGCAGAGUAAUGCAGACCAGCAUCCUCAUGCUCAGGGCAACCAGCAAGACAUGUUUCCUGAUGUGUUGUCUAUGCUGGACCAGCCUGCCAACUUCAACAGCGAUGACUUUGAGAUUCCCAUCUACCCUCCGUUUAACGAGUGACCUGGUCAAUACUUCUCUGCUGGUCUACCCCUUUGUUUUCUUGACUGCUUUUGCUCUCAGCUUCUCUUAUAUUUAGCUCUUCUGCUCCUCUUCCCUUCCUGCUCCUGAGAGUAACACUCUUCCCUUGCUUUGCAUGGCUUAAAUUGCACUGCCACAAGCCAGUUAAAGAUGGAGGGAUAUGUCUGACUGCAGAUAUAUAGGGGUGGAAAAUCAAGGAUUUGCUACUGACUAAAAGAUGAUUAUUUUAACAAUAUUCCAGCCAUUGUAAGAGAAUUCGCUAGCUAGCAUUACCCAAAGCUCAACAGCCUAUGUUGUAGAUAUGUGAUAUAUAUAUAAAUAUAUAUAUAAAUAUAUAAAAGCGCACAAUCACACAACCACACUUGAAUAGAAUGCACAAAAACACUCUUACACUCUGGUAAUUAUACACAGGAAGUAAACACACACACACACACACACACACACACACACACAAAGGCCUUUUAUUCAAAUAUGUUCCAAGUUUUUUCUCAGGCAUUGAUGAAGAGUGUAUUUUGCUGUUUUACGCUUUAGCAUGUAGACUAAUCACUUCAAUCGUUGGUUUAAACUCUCAGGAAAUUGCAGGGAUAUACAGCUUUAGUGAUUUUUAAAUUCUCAGCUGUUGCACGCAAACCACCACUGUCUGUGCUAACCUUGCUCACAGUUUUAAAUCCACAUCAUGUCUCUGCAUGUCAGCACUGCUUUCAUGGAGCGCUUCUACAAUGUGUAGAUUUGUACUGAGUACAGUUUUCUAUGUACGUUUGUGGCUUCACCUAUAAAUUUUAAUUAUUUAGUUUUUCCUCUUAAGGAACAUGUAGGGUUUUUUCUUCAUUGAAUGAUGUACUUCAACAACAGACACACAGUGUUACAAUGGCUACAUACUGUUUGUCUAGGUGCCUGUUGGAAAUGUAUACAAUCUAUUUUUCUUUGCCUACAUAUGCAUAUAUACAGUAAGCAUGUGUUUAUGUAUGUAAAUUGAUGCAUACAGUAUCAUUGUCAACAUUAAUGUAGGGUUUCUGACUUGCUUGAUAUUCUUCGUUCUGUCGCCCUGCAUUACCCUGUACCAAGUAUGGGCUUUUUGUAAACUCUUUGUAAAAGAAAUACAAAAAAGAAAUCACACAGCAAUAAUUAACAAGCAGGAAUUGUGUACUUUUAAAGCCAUUCUUUAUUGUUGUCAUAAAUGUUGUCCUUGAUUAAUGUUAUUUUAAAAUGGAGAGAUGUGGUAGUAAUGUUUGAUUUAAUUGAAAUAUUUCCCAGUAUUUUAUUAUUUCAAAACUUUUGAUGAUCUCUUGCCAUUGCCCUUUUCUGAUUGGUAUUUUAUUAAUGUUUUAUCAGGGUAUUCAGGAUUAAAAUGGAAUAAUCAGAGCUAAAAACAAUUUGAUCUACAAGUGAGAAUGCCCCAAAGGUUUUUUGUGCACGUGUUUUGUCCUCUUGUUUGUGACAAACAUUUGGACUUGGACUGAAUCUUUGCCAAGAUCCAAUCACCGGUGUUUUACAAUAAUUUUUGAACAGUUUUCCAUUGUCGGUGUACACACUCAUGACGACAAAUUAUUUAAUUGUAUGUAAACCCAUGCUGAUAAUUGUCCAGUUUUCAUCUUCAAGAGUGUGGUAUAUUGGUGACUGUGUUGUCUUUAUUAUUAUUAUUAUUAUUAUUAUUAUUAUUGAAAACCUUUUUGGUUGCUCUGUAUACAGGUUGUUUUUGUUUUUUUUCUUUUCAGUGAUGUGAACUUUUUCACACAUAGAAACACAAAUAUAUAAAUAUACUGUAUAUGUCUAUGAAUUGUUAAACGAGAGAGAAAUGUUUGUUUUUUUGUAUUAAAUUGUUAUAUUGUUGAAAAUGAGAAA